AUGUGGCUCCUUCCGCCUCUGGCCGGGCUCACUGGCUGGAGCCACAUGUCUAUACAGAUAGAGCCUUUCCCAGGCGCUGGCUGGGCUGCUCCCUUCCCAGGGUCGCCCCUUGGAGGCCAGGAUGGGCAGCAGCAGCAGCAGUUGGGGGUGGGCAAGGGGCUCCAGCCCCGCCUCCCCUGGGCCACCGCUUGCAAAGGCGUGAUGGGGCUGGCUGGGCCCGCAGAUGCCGCCUCCGGCAGGGCGGAGCUGGGCGAGAAGGGGCAGGAGAGGAUGGCGGAGGAGUGUUACCACAGAGCAGCUUUGCCAGGUGAUAGCAUAAAGCCAAUGAUACCUUCUUUGCCAUCUCUUUGUGAUGGAGAAAAAACGGCUUCCAUGCUGCCCGAUCAGAAGGGCUUCAGCUUCUCCAACCUGAUUCCAUGUCCCAAGUGGAAGAAGCAGGAGAUUCACUUGUCCAAGACGCAGAGGAAACAGAGAGUUCAACAGCAGCGUGUCCACACGGGCGAGAAACCUUAUAAAUGCUUGCAGUGUGGAAAGAGCUUUGCUAAGAGUUCACACCUUAUUAGACAUCAGCAUAUCCACACUGGGGAGAAACCUUAUAAAUGCUUGUGGUGUGAAAAGGGUUUUGUUGAGAGUUCAGAGCUUACUAGACAUCAGUAUAUACACACUGGGGAGAAACCUUAUAAAUGCUUGUGGUGUGAAAAGAGCUUUGUUCGGAGUUCACAGCUUACUGUCCAUCAGCGUAUCCACACUGGGGAGAAACCUUAUAAAUGCUCACACUGUGCAAAGAGCUUUGCUGGGAGUUCACAACUUAUUGUCCAUCAGCGUAUCCACACUGGGGAGGAACCUUAUAAAUGCUCGCAAUGUGGAAAGAGCUUUGCUGGGAGUUCACAGCUUACUGUCCAUCAGUGUAUCCACACUGGGGAGAAACCGUAUAAAUGCUUGCAGUGUGGAAAGAGUUUUCGUAGGAGUUCACAUCUUACUAUCCAUCAGCGUAUCCACAGUGGGGAGAAACCUUAUAAAUGCUUGCAGUGUGGAAAGAGCUUUGUUUGGUGUUCAGAACUUACUAGACAUCAGCGUAUCCACACUGGGGAGAAACCUUAUAAAUGCUUGGAGUGUGGGAAGAGCCUUGUUUGGCGUUCAGAGCUUACUAAACAUCAGUGUAUCCACAGUGGGGAGAAACCUUAUAAGUGCUUGGAGUGUGGAAAGAGCUUUUUUUGGUGUUCAGAGCUUACUAGACAUCAGCGUAUCCACACUGGUGAGAAACCUUAUAAAUGCUUGCAGUGUGGAAAGGGCUUUGCUCGGAGUUCACACCUUACUAUCCAUCAGCUUAUCCACACUGGUGAGAAACCUUAUAAAUGCUUGCAGUGUGGAAAGGGCUUUGCUCGGAGUUCACAGCUUACUGAACAUCAGCAUAUCCACACUGGGGAGAAACCUUAUAAAUGCUUGCAGUGUGGAAAGGGCUUUGCUCAGAGUUCAAAGCUUACUGUCCAUCAACGUACCCACACUGGGGAGAAACCUUUUAAAUGCUUGCAGUGUGGAAAGGGCUUUGCUCAGAAUGCACAUCUUAUUGUCCAUCAACGUAGCCACACUGGGGAGAAACCUUACAAAUGCUUGCAAUGUGGAAAGAACUUUGCUCAGAGUGCACACCUUACUAUCCAUCAGCGUAUCCACACUGGGGAGAAACCUUAUAAGUGUUUGCAGUGUGGAAAGAGCUUUGCUUCAAGUUCAGAGCUUACUUCCCAUCAGCGUAUCCACACUGACGAAAAGUCAGAAAAAAACGAGUAA